CGGAUCUAUAUACACACUCUCCUGCAUGAUCUCGAAAAUAAAAAUAAAAGGUCGGUUUAACCAUUGUUCAGCUGGGCAGGCGCUGCGUAAGGAAGGGCACCAGUAAGAUUGUGUAGCGUCAGAUUACGAAGAGAAAAGUCCAUCUGACCCUUGGUCCUGGAACGGGCUCUAUAUAUAAGACAGGGCAAUCAAGUCAAACACUCGUCCCCACUUCGAGCCUGUCUCUCGAACCGCAACGACUUCCUCUGUUUCCCUCCAGUUUCCAAACCCGACGGCGACUCGAAGCUUGCGCUCUAGAGCGGGGGCCAUGGAGGGGGAGCUCGGGUACCUGUCGCCGGCGAUGUCGCCCUGCGUCUCCGCCGAGGGCUUCGGCUCGCCGAUUUCGGCGUCGCCGCAGGAGAAGCUGAUCGAUUCCUCUCCCUCUUCGUGUGUAUCCGACGACCACGGCGGCGGAGGCCAGCUCCGUUCGCUUACAUGGGGGUCAUCGCUGGAGAUGCAGCUGGACUCGCCCUCGUCGUGCGUCUCCGACGGCCGCGGCGGCAGCCACGACUCGCCGCUCGGCGCAUCAUCGGCGCAGGUGCGUGAGGCGGAGAGGCUCCUGCGCGCGAUCUCCGACCGCUACGACGACUGCUUCAUCCGCCUGCGCGACUCCACGGCCGAGCUCGCUGACCUCCGCCUCGAGCGCCUCCGUCUCAGAGCGGAGAACGUGCACCUCUCCCUCCUCCUCGAGGAUCUCGAGGCCGAUCAGAGGAGGCAGGCGUUCCCGGUGGCUGCGACACUGCCGCUGAAGCCCGCGGAGGAGGCAGCAGCACGCGGGGGCGCGCCGAAGAGCAUCUCCAUUCGAUCCAAGAGCUACCUCGCGGAGAAGCAUACGAAGGCGCAGCGCCUACGUGUUCGCGCGGCUCCGGCGAUGGAGGAGGCAGGGGAGGACGAGGAGAAGGGGGAUGGGGAAGUGGAGGUGGAUGCGUACAGGCAGGGCUCGCACAAGACGGAGCUGUGCAACAAGUGGGAGCGCGGCGCGUGCCCCUUCGGUGGCCGGUGCCGGUUCGCGCACGGCCUGCAGGAGAUGCGCCCCGUCAUCCGCCACCCGCGCUACAAGACCCAGCCCUGCCAGAUGAUGGCCGCCGCCUCCGGCUGCCCCUACGGCCACCGCUGCCACUUCCGCCACUCACCGGCGCCAGCCGCCGCCGGUUGCUACUAGUCCGCCGCGGCCGCAAACCCCAGCUACUCGUCUACCUGCGACUGCCGCGUAACGCGUCCUCUGCCAGCCCUCCUGCCGUCCUGCCCUCAUAACCUGCGUAAGUCUGAUGCCUCCGUUGCUUAUGUGUUGACAUAGGAUCGGUAUCAAUAGUAGGUGUUAAGGUCGGUAGUAGAAUUACUGUCAAGAAAAAUCAGUAGUAAAAUAAAGAAACACUGCUAGUUCAGGCCAGGAACCAGUACUCCGGUAGUGCUAAUGUCCAGCAAGUGAUGGGCCGAAGGGAAGCCGUGCAUGACAUGUGUGAAUUUUGAUUGCUGCAAGUGGAUCGUUCGUUUAUGUUUGUGGUAAGGAAUAGCCCACAUAAGUUCUGUAUGGUGGAUACUGGACUGGGCCCAACAUUCUGUAUGCUCUGGAAUCUGGAUGAUUACUGAUUGGAUGCUUCUGCCAUUUUAGCAACGUAAGCAGAGUUUGGAUGCUUUAGCAACGUAUACAGACUUACAAGUUUACAGAGUA